UUAAAAGCUUCUAACUCCCUCUCCUUCCCUCAUUCUAUCGCCCAAUCCCCUUCCCUCUGCAACCAACCUGAGAAGUUUUCUCCAUUUGAUUUUUCAAUUCAAAACUACAACCUCGCCUGCAUCCAGAAUGGACGCGGAACGGGAGAGUCUGGCUCGCUUCACCGCGGUUAGUAGUACUGCCACCGUCGCCGGAGGUAAUAGCUCCGACGGUGAUGCGCCUCCAGCGACCUCCUCCUCCCCUUCCGUCGUCAAUCAGAUUACCCAGCUCAUCAGCUCCGAUGACCCGGCUUUCAAAAUUCAAGCAGCCCUGGAGAUCAGGCGCCUCACAAAGACUUCCCAGCGCUACCGCCGACACUUCGCUAACGCCGUCGGACCUCUCGUUGAUAUGCUCCACUCCAGCGCCGUCGAAUCGAACGAGGCAGCUCUCCUUGCGCUUCUCAACCUUGCCGUCAAAGACGAAUUAAACAAGGUAAGAAUAAUAGAGACUGGGGCUCUGCAACCUAUAAUAGGAUUUCUACAGUCCAAGAAUUUGACUCUGCAAGGGCACGCAACUGCAUCACUCCUCACACUAUCUGCCUCUCCCGUGACAAAGCCCAUCAUAACUGCCUCUGGCGCGAUCCCUCUUCUUGUCAAAGUCCUUAAAAGCAGUGGCACCCCUCCACAGUCUAAGGCCGAUGCGGUAAUGGCUCUCUACAACCUCUCAUCUUACGAAGGCAAUAAGAUCCCGAUCCUCCAGACAGACCCCAUCCCUUCCAUUGUCAGUCUGCUCAAAUCCUGCAAGAGAUCUUCGAAAACAGCAGAAAAAUGUAUGGCUUUGAUAGAAUCUUUAGUCAGUUACGAGGAAGGUAGGACCGCAUUGACAUCGGAAGAAGGCGGGGUACUAGCAGUGGUAGAAGUACUCGAAAGUGGGUCCCUUCAAAGCCGAGAACAUGCUCUAGGAGCCCUUUUGACAAUGUGUGAGAGUGACAGGUGUAAAUAUAGGGAACCCAUUCUUAGGGAAGGUGCAAUCCCUGGGCUUUUAGAGUUGACCGUUCAAGGGACACCAAAGUCUCAAGCUAAAGCACAGACUCUGUUGAGAUUGUUAAGAGAGUCUCCGUUUCCGAGGUCUGAACUCCAACCUGACACGCUUGAGAACAUUGUUAGUAACCUUAUAUCACAGAUGGGUUCAGGGGAGGAGCAGCCGGGAAAGGCGAAGGAGAUGCUUGCUGAGAUGGUGCAAGUUAGCAUGGAGCAAAGCUUGCGACAUUUGCAGCAAAGGGCGGCUAUGGUUUGCACCCCUGCUGAUCUAUCUGUCACUAGGCGUGCUUCAAAAGUUUCUUCAAAAUGACACUUCAAGAAUAUAAGUUUUUUUUGACGGGUACCUUUGUAAUUGUGACAUCAGUAUUGAUUCUGUACUAGAGAAUAAGAUGUCUAUAGCAUAGAUGCCAGUCCAGGCCCUUACAGGUUUAUCUGGAGACUGGUCAAUGUAUAUAAUCUGAAUGGAACCACAAUGUUUGGAACAGAGUUUUUUUUUAAAUACAUGGACUUUGUGACG